AUGCAGGCAGUCAGGGCGAAAGCAGAGGUCCUGUCCCAGAAGGAAAAGCUUGUCAACUCCUACAAUGAGUUACUUCAGGAGUUUUCCUCGACGGACCUCCGCAGCGUUGGCAAUUACACGCUUGGAAGACUGAUUGGCAAAGGCUCCUUUGGCAAGGUCUAUCUCGCGACUCACAAGCUUACAAACAACUCCAAGGUCGUUCUGAAAUCCUCGAAUAAGCAAGAUUCCAAUCUCGCGCGCGAAAUACAUCACCACCGCCAAUUCCUCCACCCUCAUAUCGCGCGACUUUACGAGGUCAUUGUAACGGAGAACUUGGUUUGGCUGGUGCUAGAAUACUGUCCGGGCGAUGAACUAUACAACUACAUCUUGGAACAUGGUCCUCUGCCCGUCGACAAGGUCCGCCGGAUUUUCGCACAAUUAGUCGGAGCCGUCGCAUACGUUCACAGCAAAUCGUGCGUACACAGAGACCUGAAGCUCGAGAACAUUCUACUUGAUAAACAUGGAAACGUCAAAUUGUGCGACUUUGGAUUUACUCGCGAAUAUGAGGGCAAGGCCAGCUAUUUGCAGACUUUCUGCGGCACGAUAUGUUAUAGCGCGCCGGAGAUGCUGAAAGGAGAAAAGUAUGCGGGAGAAAAAGUCGAUGUAUGGAGUCUAGGGAUUAUACUCUACGCGCUUCUGGCGGGAGAGCUUCCAUAUGAUGAAGAUGACGACCAAGAAACAAAGGCAAAAAUUCUCAAGGAGGACCCCGUUUUUAGUGACAAGUUUCCGGACGACUCGCAAGCAUUGAUCAAGAUUUUGCUAUCGAAGCGGCCUCUGUUACGCCCGACGUUAGCUGAAAUCUUGACGCAUCCAUUUCUGGCAGAACACGGAGUGGAGCAGCAGAUCAUUUUACAAGCACCACGACCGUCUCCAUUUACGACAGCUCUAGAGAAAACGACUCUGCUACGUAUGAAAAGCGCAGGUGUGAACAUUGAUCAGGUCAUAGAACACGUUCUGGCGCAACGAUGUGAUGCCUUGGCCGGAUGGUGGGCUUUGCUCAUCGAAAAAGAGGAACGAAAAGAAAAGAAACGCGAAAAAAGGAGGAAAGAAAAGGAGGCCGAUGCUCGUAGCUUGCGUCGCUUGAGUGCCGCCAGCAGUCGGUUGGAAAAGAUUUCUGCUCUAGUUGAAGUUGAUGAAGAGGGUACUGCGGCAGACACUCUACAGACAAGAGGAAGAAGAGAUCGUCGCAGUCUACCGAAUCCCGAGCUUUCAAUACCGGAAGUCCCGAAAGUACCAGAAGCAUAUGCAAAUAUUCCAGCUUUGGAUAUUGCAUUACCACCGCAGCCGAUUGAUAAAGACUCGAUACGAUCAUUGAGUUCCACCAGACGACGUCCUGUGCCUCCACCAAAAGAGAAUCGUCCUUCCCGACCUAGCAUGCUCCAUGUUAGUGCAUCUCAGCCGGAACUAGCAUCCCAUUCUAGCGGUCUCUUUAGACGCCGUACAGGUCGACGCAACCAGCACUCUCUGAUGAGCCAACUGGCAUCGCUCAAACAUUGGAUAGUCGAGUCGGCAAAACGUGCCAAAUCACCUCAUCCCCGAACACCAAAGAGCACCAGUGCCCAGUCUUCAAAGUCGAAAUCUAGUCCGGGCAAAAAUUCGGACACUCAACGCAGACCAGUAGCGAAAUCCACUACGAAUGCGGAAGCACCGCUCAUGACGCCGACGCAGAUCAAGCGUUCAUCGAAUGCCAGCAGUCUUGCGCCUAACAGUGCGUCUUAUGCUCAUCAUCGAAAUUCAUACGGGCGCGCGCCUCGCAGUCAUCGGAACUCAUUGUCUCCUGCUCCUCUUACUCCGCGGGGCUCCUAUCGACGUUCAUCUGUUGGUUUGCGCGGGCGCAAGUCAACUUCAUCAUCUGUCUCUUCUGUGAGGAGUAUCCACCAUGCCCAUUCCCACUCUAAAGCUUCAUCUAUUUCAUCGAACAGCAUCGAUACCAUGUCUACGCCAACUGCCUCAAGAAUAAGCCGCUCUCCGCAUACAUCUGUCAAAGUACUUCCUGCUACACCUAAUGCUAGUUCUCGAUUUCCCAGCAAUAUCCGGCUCGUACGCAACCCACCGCAUGCUAUACGAGACGUGAACGACCCCAAUAACCAUGGUAUCUACUCUGUAUUUAAUGAUGCGGUGGCUGGUCCGUCAACAGCACCUCCACAAGCACCUGGCUUUAUAUUUGCUCGACGGAAGAGAACGCCAUUCAGAGGGCCAAUGCUCCAUACUAAUACAUUGAUGUUUACGAACGGACCGGGAACACCUAAUCUAUCGCCUCCACUUCAACGAGAAGCUGCAUCAAGCGAAACCGUCAAGCCACACACGCGCAAAAGCCAGAUUAUAGAAGAGGAAGACGAUGAUAUAGGAGAGGAUAUUGAGGAGGUUGACACAUUCAGCGAUCCUGGCGUCACAGAUACCAGCUUCACGGCUGAGGCUGUGAUUGAGCUUGAAGAGGACGGCGAUGAAACAAUAGUCUUUGCGCCGGUUGAGACGGAAACACUGAAGGGGAGUCCUCAGGAAGCAGCUCUUGAGCCGGCGAUUGAGCCUUCGUCUUCUAUCCCACCGCGGACAUCAUCGCUGAAUGAUCCUGACGUUCUUCAAAAUCCGAUAGACGAGGUCAUUGAAGAGCAGCCCGAUCUGGAGGCCGAAACAGCAGCAGCGCCAGCGCCAGAGACCACUGAAGCGGUCGAGACGAUUAUACCUGAAGAAGCAGCACCAACCGACGGAACAUCAAACCAAAAGACUCCUACCACAACCUAA